AUUCACUAUAUCUGGUCUUCCCGGACCCUGCAUUCACUAUAUCUGGUCUCCCCGGACCCUACAUUCACUAUAUCUGGUCUCCCACAACCCUGCAUUCACUGUAUCCGGUCUCCCAGGACCCUGCAUUCACUAUAUCCGGUCUCCCCGGACCCUGCAUCCACUAUAUCUGGUCUCCCCGGACCCUGCAUUCACUAUAUCUGGUCUCCCCAUACCCUGCAUUCACUAUAUCCGGUCUCCCCAGACCCUGCAUUCACUAUAUCCGGUCUCCCAGGACCCUGCAUUCACUAUAUCUGGUCUCCCCGGACCCUGCAUUCACUAUAUCUGGUCUCGCCGGACACGGCAUUCACUGUAUCUGGUCUCCCACAGACCCUGCAUUCACUAUAUCUGGUCUCCCCGGACCCUGCAUUCACUAUAUCUGGUCUCCCCGUACCCUGCAUUCACUAUAUCUGGUCCACCACAACCCUGCAUUCACUAUAUCUGUUCUCC